AUGCAACCGGCCGCAAAAAAGAAAAGGCUGACACGGGAGACGACCAGGGGCACAUCCCCGCGAUCGUUUGCGCAUGCGACCAUCAAGUGCAAGAAAACGCCCGCGUACGCCUCCGCCUACAAGGCCAUGACCCUUGCUUCGGCCAAGCAGGCCAACAGGAGAAUCGGUACCGCGGACUGGUACCGCCUUAAGAAGGACGCCCUCGUCGCCACGAUCGUCCUUAACCACUUCGCCGAAGAAAUACAGAGGUUCUUCAGACACGUCGUCGUCACGACACGCGACAGUGACGACGACGCACGCACAGCAGUUUGUCCGAUAUCCUUGAAGCCGAUCACAGAGAUACCCUGUGGGCACAGGUUCAGGCACGGCAACAUCUGGUUCAACAAGGACACCCUCGCACAAUACAUGCGCAAGACAAGCGAUUUCAUGAACCCGGUCACGAGAGUGGAGCUCCGGGAGGAAGACGUCCUGAAAGUUGACCCCGGGUUGAUCAAGCAGUACAGGCACAGGAAAGAGCUCGCGGAACGCAUGGCUGAAGACAUGGCCCUCGUCCAGAGCGUCGAGAACGAACUGGAGGAAGUUUUUCAGGACAUGGUAGAGGCCGCUCAGGAGAUACGGACCAGAAUGGAAUUCAGAAUCGUCUUCGACCACCUCGCGGAGGAUUUCCAGGAAUGCCACGGUGAUCUCACCGAACUCGAUCGCGACAGGUCGGUUCUCACGUUGAAGUCUCUCGGAGACCUUGUCGACGGCGAUCCCACUCGACGCGUCCACAUGUCGAAGAAACGAGAGAGGAUUCUCAGGCACUUCUUGAAAACGCAGAAACCACAGGGAUGA